AUGCGUCCGCUCCGGACUCCCCUCUCCCUGCUCUGCCUCUACCUGGGGGUCUCCUCGGCCCUCUCCCUCUCACCGGACCCCUCCCCGCUGUUGGAUAACUGCAGUGACCCAAACCACCGGGCUCCCGCCAGCCUGAAGAUCUUCAGUGUGGACUACCACCAUGUGCAAGCCCCGUUCGAGAUUGGACUGUGGAUCAUGCUGGCUUCCCUGGCGAAACUGGGAUUCCACUGGUCGGGGCGCAUCCCUGCCGUGGUCCCGGAGAGCUGCCUGCUCAUCAUGGUUGGCCUGCUGGUGGGCGGGGUGAUCUAUGGCGUCCGCCACGCCGCGCCGCCGGUCCUGAGCACGGACGCCUUCUUCCUGUACCUCCUGCCGCCCAUCGUGCUGGACGCGGGCUACUUCCUGCCCGGGCGGCUGUUCUUCGAGAACCUGGGCACCAUCCUGUGGUACGCUGUGCUGGGCACGGUGUGGAACGUGCUGGGCAUCGGCGUGUCGCUGUACGGGGUGUGCCGGGUGGGGCCCUGGGGGCUGGAGGAGGUGUCCCUGCUGCAGUGCCUGCUUUUCGGCAGCCUCAUCGCGGCCGUUGACCCCGUCGCCGUCCUCUCCGUCUUCGAGGAGAUCCACGUCAACGAGCAGCUGCACAUCCUGGUGUUCGGGGAGUCGCUGCUCAACGACGCCGUCACCGUGGUCCUGUACAAGCUGUUCGAGUCCUUCCUGCGAAUGCCCUCAGUGUCAGGGUUGGACGUGCUGGCGGGAGGUUGCCAGUUCGUGGUGGUGGGGCUAGGCGGGAUCUGCGUUGGGCUGUUCUUCGGCAUGGUGGCUGCCCUCACCACUCGCUUCACAGCUCGGGCUCAAGUGAUCGCGCCCCUCUUCGUCUUCCUCUACAGCUACCUAUCGUACCUCACCUCUGAGAUGCUGCACCUGUCUGGGAUCGUGGCGAUUGUGACCUGUGCUGUCAGCAUGAAGCAGUAUGUGGAGGCCAACGUAUCCCAGGAGUCCAACACCACCAUAAAAUACUUCCUGAAGAUGUGGAGCAGCGUCAGCGAGACCCUGAUCUUCAUCUUCCUGGGCGUGUCCACCGUCCAGGAUGUGCACAUGUGGAGCUGGCCAUUUGUGUCUUCCACACUCUUCCUCUGCCUGUUCUGGAGGGCCCUGGGUGUGCUGCUCCUGACGGCUGUAAUGAACAAGCUGAGGCGAAACCCUGUCACCUUCCGUGACCAGUUCAUCAUUGCCUACGGUGGACUGAGAGGGGCUAUCUGUUUCUCUCUGGUCUUCCUGAUCGAAGAAUUCCCUAAGAAGAGGCUCUUCAUCACCACUACCAUCGUAGUCAUCCUCUUCACAGUCUUUGUGCAGGGCAUGACCAUUAAGCCUCUGGUGGAGUUACUGGAAGUGAAGCGUAGGAAGAGGGCACCCCCUACAGUCAGUGAAGAGAUCCACAGCCGGCUUUUGGAUCACUUGCUGUCCGGUAUCGAGGAUAUUGUAGGGUACUGGGGCCAGCACUACUGGAAAGACAAGUUUGAACAGUUUAACAGUAAGUACCUGAAGAGGUUUCUGAUCAGCGAGGACACUCAGCCUAAGUCCAGCAUCGUGCUACUGUACCAAGAGCUGGAGCGCCGGGAGCAGACAGGAGAGGAGGAUCAUGGGAGGAUAGAGAGCACUCAGUCCCUUGAGGACAACCAUGUCCAAAGCAGACCUUUACUUCCUGAGGAAAUGGACAGCAUCAGGCGAAUCCUUUCCAGAAACCUGCGCAACUUCAAUAGGAAGCAGUAUCCUGCUUACAGCAGGCACACUCUGCAUCAGGACUUCACUGUGGACCAGAGCAGAAAUCCCCAUUUACACCGACACCAGAGUCUGAGGGAGAGGAGUCCUGCAUUCAGCUACCGUGGUCAGUGGGAUACCGAGGAGCCCUGGGACACUGAGAGGGAGUGUAGGCUCACCAGGUCUUUCACAGUGGGCCAAAAUCCUGAUCCAAUUUUUCCAGACCAAGCAAGCCCGGUGGAGUUCAAUCCAAACGGCCCACUGAGCAUCCACCAGGAUAGGGAGGGUAUCGCUACAUCUGGGGAGGAACUGGCUCCACACCCUCCCUAUGGAGCCACACAGGACAGGGCCCCCAAAAAACUGAGCUUUGCUCUGGUAGACGAGAGGGAGAAGUAGUGCUUUCCUCACCCCCACCAUUCUCUGAAGGCAUUCUGGGUAUCUUCUGCCCACUUUCAUUUGCUUUUCUGCUGUCUGGUGUGGGGCAACAAGAAAAAAUUUUUACCUCCAGAGAUUUGCUUGGACUUUGAGUUACGAACACUGAUUGGCUGCUUUAUUUCAAGGCAGAAUUAUUUUAUAAGACAUAUUAAGACAAACUGUUGUCCCAAGGAAACAGUCUUGAAAUGUUACGCAGAUGGUGAAAGUAUUUUUCUAAAAUGUAUGUUUUAAUGUGGCUAUAAUGUGCCCCAACAUUCCACUGACUUUCCAAAAGCCUCAAAUCCUGGUAGAUCUACUGGACUGACUCGUUGUCACCGGAUGGUUGAGAUACAUGGCUGGGACUCGCAAGGUCGGUGGUUCGAUCCCCGGUGUAGCCACGAUAAGCUGUUGGGCCAUUGAGCAAGGCCCUUAACCCCACAUUGCUCUCCUGCAUUAGUUUAAUCAACUGUAAGUCGCUGUGUAUAAAAGCGUCUUGUAAUGGUCAUUGAGGCAUGUAAACCAAGCUACAACUUGCCAAGAGUAUAGGCAAAGAAGCAUGUGAUUGUGAGAGAGUGAAAAUGCGGUGAACCCGUGGCUCUCCUACAUGUACCACGUAUACCGGGUGAAUUAAUUCAACCUCGUAUACCUUUACCAGGGCGGCCUGUAGCGUAGUGGUUAAGGUACAUGACUGGGACAGGUAUAUGACCGGGACGCGCAAGGCCGGUGUAGCCACAAAAGAUCCGCACAGCCGUUGGGCCCUUGAGCAAGGUUCUUGACCCUGCAUUGCUCCAGGGGAGGAUUGUCUCCUGCUUAGUAUAAUCAACUGUACAUCGCUCUGGAUAAGAGCAUCUGCCAAAUGCCAUUAAUGUAAUGUAUACCAGGUGAAUGAAUGCAACCUCAGAUUCAAUCUGCUCACACUUGCGUGAGCCUAUUGUGUUUCCCUUGAAAUGUAUUCAACACCUAUGCCGAAUCCUGAGUUGUUCAAUUAUAAUAAAUGACUAAUUUAUAUAAUAAAUUACCACUUCUACUAAUACUAA